AGAGGUGUGGACUUAGGGAACCAUAGGUUUCAAUUCGACUUUGAUUCAGAAGCUGACCUUCAGAAGGUGUUAAGCAAACGCCCAUGCCAUUUCAACAAAUGGUCUUUCGCUUUGGAACGCUGGAGUCCCCACAUAGGUGAUUCAUUCCCUAACAAGAUGACCUUCUGGGUUAGUGUCACUGGCAUCCCGACACACUUUUGGCUUGAUCCAAUCUUCAGAGCUCUUGGGAAGAGACUCGGGCUUGUAGGGAAUGUGGAAGCAAAGGCAGCAAAAUUUGAGUUAGAGCUGGAUGCAGAGCUUCCGCUGAAAUUCAAUCUCCGCGCCCAACUACCCUCGGGUGAAAUCGUCCCUGUAUCUCUGGAAUACUCAAACCUCCAUCGCUGGUGCCACCACUGCCGUCUCAUAUCUCAUGAAAUUGAUACUUGCCCCCAACUACCUGAUGACCAAAAAGAACAGUUCAUAAAGGAGAAAGAGUUAUCGAGAGACCAAGGUCCAUAUCCUAGAAAGGAGGUCAAUAGGAAUGGAGAGAACUCAAGGAGGGCAACUGCACCUGACUCAAAGGCUCCUGUGAUGCAGGAAAGGAGGCCAGUAGAUUACUCUCAAAGAGACAACAGGGACAGCGUUUGGAAACGCAUUGACUCCCGUUAUGUUCCUAGAGAGGAUCACCGCCGAGACCACCGCCAUGUUCCUCGUGACCUAGAAAAGCAGCCACACCAAAAAGAAACAUACAACAAGAGAAGAUAUGAGGAAUCUUUUGCCUCAAGUAGACAAAGAGAGGAAGUAAGGAAAACAACCAGUAAGCAGUUACCUUCAAAGAAAAGCUCUGAGGAAGAGCAUCUCCCUUCUGCCUCUCAUGCGCAACAACCUAUUGACCCCAGUGCUCUGCUCAAACCUGCGACUGAGAAACCUCAACGAGAGAGCAUCAGAACCUCCUCCCCAGAACAUGUAAGGGAAAGGCCAUUCAAGCUCAACCUGCGAAAGAGAUCUUCAGAUAAUCAAAAACUGAAAGGGCAAGUGCCUGACUUGGAUAACGCAUCUGACGAAGGAAGUUCUGCAAAAAAAUGUUUAACCUUCAACGAAGAGAAGCCUCCUCCUCUAAACAAUCCACAAGACUCACCACCGCUAAUCCCCCCUGUAAAAGAAAAGGAAAAGAGCUGGUAUGAGCAGACUCUAGAAGAAGAAGAUGAUGAUGAGAUUUUGAAUCAAGAGAUAGUAAACAAACCUGACACGCCUGUGGAGAAGACAAUGGAAAAAGUGGAGGACCCAGAUGCAGAAAAGAUCUUAGAGGAUGAAGAUUGGAUGGCUAAUGAAAUUAACUAUGAUGAUGAUGAUCUAAUGGAUGAAGAUGACUUGUUAAUCGAAGAUAUGGAACAGGAGGAAGCGGCAAUCGGUUCUGCCAAAACUUCUAAGCAAUUGACGACAUUUGUUCCCUCUGUUUUGGAGAAAAACAACAAACUGUUGGCGGAGCCAAGCCCCCAGGCUCGAUCUGACCAUCGUUCAGACUCUCACCCUGCUCAGACGCCAUCAUCCAGCUCGCGACCAUCUCCGGCGAAGAAGAAAAGAGGAUCUCCAAGUCCUCUCCCCACUGGCGUCUCUCUCAGACAGAGGAAUCUCUUAGUGGGCCGGGUGUCAAAGACAAAAGCUUCAAAGAAUGGGCCAAAACUCUCUCCAGCCCAUAACCAAGUUCCAAGUGAAACUGGAAAUUCAGAAAUGUUUUCGAAGAACAGCAAGAAAUCAUCUAAGGUGGGAAGCAACAAACCACCAAAAAUCCCAGGAUGAAC